CUGGAGGUCCGUCUGGUGGAGCUUUCAAGUCUCCUUGUUUCAGUUGGGCUCUGAGAGCUGCCGGCUGCUGGCUGCUCAGUUUAUUUCCUUGCCCCUGUGGGUCAGGGUCAGUCUGUCCAGAAGAGAGCUGCACUUUUCGACCAUCCGAGGCCGUUCCCACAGCUCCGUGGAUGGUGGCUCUGGAGACCGUGCACUCCCUGCCAGGAACUCAGCCAAGUGGGCAAUACAGCUGUGUGGAGGGAAAAAUAACCUCUCGUGUAUCCGCGGGGCAGCCUGAGGAUGGCUGGUUACACGGCAGCCCCGGACGAAGACUAUGAUGUUCUCAUCGAGGGUGAUCUGAAUGGCAGCGACACAGAACCAUGUGACAAAUACGAUGCCAGGGUUCUCUCGGCUCAGCUGCUGCCAAAUCUGUACUCCAUCGUGUUCGUGGUCUGUCUUCUGGGCAACCUCUUGGUUGUGCUUAUCCUGGCAAAAUAUAAAGGACUCAGACACGUGAAGAAUAUUUAUUUCCUAAACUUGGCCUUUUCCAAUUUGUUGUUCUCCCUUACCCUGCCAUUCUGGGCUUACACUGCGUCUGCUGGGGGGAGCCUCGGAGACACCAUGCAUACAAUUCUCAUCGGUGUCAGCGCCGUAGGUUUGUACAGUGAGGUGUGUUUCAAUGUGCUUCUGACAGUGCACAGGUACCUGGUGCAAAGUCCUUCGCCGACACCCUGUACAGCGUCCUGCGGCAUCCUUACCAGUAUCUUAGUGUGGACAGUGGCCGUUCUGAUCAGUUUGCCUGAGUGCAUGGCUUACACACUUCAGAUGGAAGGGCAGGAAAACAAGUACUCAUUUAGCAUACCUCAUUUUCUGCCAGCUGCUGAGAAAUCCUGGAAGCAUUUUCUGACCUUAAAGAUGAACAUUUUGGGACUUUUGUUUCCACUGUUUAUUUUUAUAUUUUGCUAUGUGCGAAUGAGACGAAGACUAACGUGCAGGGACAACGAGAAUGGCCUUUUCAAGCUUGUUUUUGCCAUCAUGGCUGUCUUCCUUCUGAUGUGGGCACCCUACAAUGUUGUACUUUUCCUGUCUACUUUCAAACAAGACUUCUCCCUGGAUGACUGCAAGAGCACCUAUGGCCUGGACCAGGGCAUUCAGAUAACGGAAAUUGUUGCCGCCACCCACUGCUUCGUCAACCCUCUUCUCCACAUGUUUUUUGACCAGGACUUUCGGAGACACCUGGGCCAUCUGCUCCACCUGAGUAAUAACACAUCACCGCAACCCGGGAAGGAAUCUGGCCGAGACGCAUUACGGGAACAACCCGAGUCUUCCACUCAAGUAUGAACCAGCUUCCAUUAAAGGCAUGAAAAAUAACAUUGACUUUUGUUCCAUUGCAUUGCUUCGUGUAAUUUCUACACGUUUGUACGUAAAAUAAGAUACAGGGAGAAAGCGAGGGAGGGGGCCAAACACUGACUGAGCAUUAAUUUUGUCUCAGGCACCGUGCUAGGCUCUUUGUAAAUGUGAGCUCCUUCACGCCUCACUACUUGUCCAUGGCGUGGCUGGAAUUAUCCUUCUUUCUCUGAGAUGGAAACUGAAGCUCAGACAUUUGACUAAGAUCACACAGCUAGCAAGUGACAGCGCUGGGAAGCAAACCCAGCUUGUCACUGGCUCCAGAGCCUACGCUUCGUUCAGUGCUCCAGGCUGCCAAAAAUUGAGCAACAAAACAUGGGAAAUAGACAGUUUUAAUCCCAGCCUGAGCACAUUCCAAAUUAGAAGCAACCCAUUCGUAUAGACGUGAUUUUUUUAUUGUGGUAAAUAUAUAUGUAACAAAUCGUUUGCCGUUUCAACAUUCUUCAGGUGCACAAUUCAGUGACAUUAGUUAUGUUGAGCAUCUUGUCCAUACAUUACCAACCACUAGUAAUCAGAAGAGCUGGCUAGCUGGAGGCUAUGGGAAAAGGAGCGGUGAGGUGACUUCUUUUCAGAAGAUCUCUGAAUUCUCUUGGCUACUUGCCACACCUCCAAAAUCCCCAGAUACCCCCAACCUGUGAGUCUCCCAGAGUUUCUAGUAUUUCUUUUAGUAUCUCCUCCUGCUUGACAUGAAGACCAUGGAAUUUUAGGAAAUUUAACAAUAAUAAAUGUAAAAUUGUGUUUAAAACCCAUUGCUGUCGAGUUGAUUCCAAAUCAUAGCAACUCUCUAGGACGAGGUAGACCUGCCCAUAAGGUCUCCAAGGCUGUAAUCUUUAUGGAAGCAGACUGCCACAUCUUUCUCUCAUGGAGUGACUGGUGGGUUCCAACCACUGACCUUUUCAGUUAGCAGCCGAGGGCUUAACCACUGCACCAUCAGAGCUCCUUCAGAAUGUGUUUAGGAGAUGUUUGACACAAUGUGUACUUUGUCCUUUUUAAUGCAGCAUGCACCUCAGGCCUCACCAGCCUGUGCCUACCAAAUGAUGUCCCACCUCCCUUCUAUAGGUGAAUCACUAGGACAGAGGUGCCCACCUGCCACAUCAGCAGGUGGCAGGAUUUGCCUCCAUUGGUACCACCUAGAUCUGUAAGGGUGGUUCAUCUUUGAUCCUAAAACAGCCCUCCUACCUCUGCCUUUCAGAGCCAAACAGCACACCACCUGGUCUGUUGAUAAACUUGUCCCUGAUCCCUGAGGUCUGGGUGCCACCCCUGCUUUGCUGCACAUAGGAUGGUCAUUGCUCUUGGCUGAGUCCUGCAGAUACAGAGCUUGGCUGACUACCAUCUCCUGGUGGCCCAGCAACUCAUUUGUAUGGAAGAGAACUUAGCAUUGGUGCUUGCUAAAGGCUUUACCUGGUCACUUACCCCUGCUCUGCUCCAGGUCACCAGUCCACACUGCCCCUCCCAGUAUCAAACAUGUUUUCAUGACACGGAACCUUAGAGAAAAUUAGUGGGCUCUACGCUCGUUCACGGAAACCCUGGUGGCAUAGUGGUUAAGUGCUAUGGCUGCUAACCCAAGGGUCAGCAGUUCGAAUCCACCAGGCGCUCCUUGGAAACUCUAUGGGGCAAUUCUACUCUGUCCUAUAGGGUCGCUAUGAGUCGGAAUCGACUCGACAGCACUGGGUUUGGUUUGGUUUGGUUUGAAGCCCUUUCACAGCAGGCCUCUUCCUUCCUAUCUAAAGUUUAGGGGUGCAAAUAGAUACACAGGGGCUUCUAACCCAGCUGCCAACCACAUUGAAAGCCCAAGUCCUUGCCAAACCAAAAAGCCUUUUUACUUUCUUUCUCAAGGACAGUGGAUGGAAAUUAAAUUGAUGAAAUGAGGUGGAAAAAAUCUUAUUUUUCUUAACAUCAGAUUUCUCCAUGUACCACCCCAUAACUGAGGAUCCCCAAUUGUUGUAGAUGAACUACUUGAAGAGCCCCUUCUUAGGGGAGUAGGUGAGACUCUCAAGGAGCACGCUUUGGUAACAAUAGAUGGCUCCAAGCGACAUCCUAUAAUGGUGGGUCUCAAACACAGGCACACAUCACAGUCCCUGUGUUGAAAAACAAUUCUAGCCCCCAGCACAGAGUUUUUGAUUCAGUAGGUCUAGCUUGGGACCAGAGAAUUCGCGUUGCUAACAAGUUCCCAGGGAGUGCUGUCUUAGUCUGGGUUCUCUAAAGAAGCAAAACCAGUACAGCAUAUUUAGAGAGAGAGAGAGAGAGAUUUAUCUCACGGAAAUGGCUCAUGUGAUUGUAGAGACUGGCAAGUCCCAAGUCAGUGGGUCAGGUCAGAUGUCAGGCUGGAGGCUUCUCCUGAUUUACAUACUGGCAGGGACUGACAAGUCCAAGGAUGGCAGGUAAGAUGGUGGGCCACUAGCUCACAGCCUUCAGAGGCUGAUGAAUCCCAAGAUCGGCAGGCAAUAUGUUGGCAACUGGCUCAAGUCCCAAGGACAGAAGUCAGAUGAUUAUGAGCUGGGUGCAGGAUCCAGAGCAAACAAGCUUUGCCAGAAAAUCUGUAUAUGUAUUGGAUGCAGGACACACCCCCGAGGAAAUUCCCUUUUCAACUGACUGGCUGCUUGCAUCAGAUCACAAAAUGGGGGAUGACUACAUCACUACAUAACUGCCAAACCACAACAUAACUGCCAAACCACUGAGAAUCAUGGCCCAACCAAGUUGACACACAACCUUAACCAUCACAGAUGCAGGUACUACUGGCCUCAGGGUCACGCUUUGAGAACCACUGUUGUAAGAAGAAGGAACUCAGCUGACAAAGGGGUUUUGUUUUGUGCUGACCACAGUAUGGAGUUUAGAAACGGAGCUGACUUGCUCAGGAAGAUAGAGGGCGUUGGGGAGAUGGGGGGUGAGGGGUGUGUGGUUGAGGGAGGAAAGAGGACACCUGAGGCAGCUGACAAAUGGAGAUGAAUUUAAGGGAGUAACAGAUUGACUUGUGCCAGUGAGUUAAGUUUUGCUGAGCCUCUGACUUAAAACCUUUUCUCUGACACCCUGUGUUACUCAUUGAGGCCUUGUGGCUAGAUUUUCCCUUUUGAGUGAUGCUCAACGAGUUUCGGUGGUGCAGUGGUUAAGUGCUCAGCUCCUAACCAAAAGGUCAGUGGUUCAAACCUACUAGUCACUCCGUAGGAGAAAGAUGUGGCAGUCUGUUUCUAUAAAAAUUAAGCCUUGGAAACCCUAUGGGGCAGUUCUACUCUGUCCUAUGGGAUCACUAUGAGUUGGAAUUGACUCAACGGGCAAUAAGUUUUUAAUAGAGCUUCGAUCUGAGCUCAAGGUGAGUUGGAGUGCACACAGAGGUAACAGGUAUGAACAGAAGCAGUCACACACAGCUUUUUCCUAGAACGAAGGAUCCUUCAUCCCAAAGGUGAGUGUUAGUCACCACCCUAAAAGACAGAAACUGAGGGUGACAUAUUAAAUAGCAGGGUUUUUAGCUUCAAAGGGGAUGUGGAGCAACUGGAACACUCAUACACUGCUGUGGGAAUGUAAAAUGGUACAGUUGCUUUGGAAAAGUCUGGCAGUUUCUUUAAAAGUUAAACAUAUGCCUACCAGUCAUUCUGCUCUUAGGUAUUUACCCAAGAGAAGUGAACGUGUAUGUCCAUACAAAGACUUGUACGUGGAUGUUCAUACCUGUUUUAUUUCUAACAGCCCCAAACAAACCAAAUGCCCCUCAACAGACAAAUGGUUAAACAAAUCGUGGCAUGUCUAUAUAGUGACAUGUUGUUAUUGUUAGCUGCCAUUGAGUUGGCUCUCAACUCAGGAUAACCCUGUACACAAUGGAACAAAAUUCUGCCCGGUCCUCUGCUAUCCCCAUGAUUCAUUGUGGAUCAGAUCCUUGUGAUCCAUUGGGUUAUCACUGGCUGAUGUUCAGAAGUAAAUCACCCAAUCUUUCUUCCUAGUCUGUCUUACUCUGAAAGGUCUGCUGAUACUACUCCACAAGAAGAAGUGACAAACUUUUUUUUUUUAUUAUUUGCUUUGUUGUUGUUUUUCAGAAAAUACACAGCAAAGCAUAUACCAAUUGAACAGUUUCUACACGUACAAUUCAGUAACCCUGAUUACAUUCUUCGAGUUAUGCAACCAUUCUCACCCUCCUUUACUGAGUUGUUCCUCCCCCAUUAAUAUAAACUCACUGCCCCUUUAGUUUUCUACUUAAUCUUUAACUUGCUGUUGUCCAUUUGACCCCAUAUAGAUAGUUCUUAAAAUAGCACAAUGCUCAAGGCAGACAUUCCUUGCUAGUUAAGCUAAACCAUUGUUUGGUUUUAAGAAGAGUUCAGGGCGUAUUUUUGGUUUAAGGUUUAAAGAUUAUCUCAGGACAUUCGUUUCAGAGUUUCAUCCAGCCCCCAUGGUUCAACUGAGGCAACUAUAUGAAUGAUCUGGUAAGAUGACUACACUGUCAAAUAUCCCUGUGAUGGUUAAUUUUAUGUGUCAGCUUGGCUAGACACUAGACUAGAUGCCAUCCAUAAUGUAAUCAAAUGCAAUGUAAUGCAAUCAGCUUCCAUAAUGUAAUCUAAUGUAACACAAUCAAUCAAUACGUUGAAAAGGGAGUUUCCUUAGGAUGUAUUCAGUUUUCAGACUAUAAAUGGGUAUUUUGGCAGAACUGGCUCACGCUCCACUCUGUACUCUUUAUGUUUGUCUGACCUACAAAUCUUGGGACACAAGCCUGUAGAAAGUCUCCACUCCCUUGAAGUAGAUCUCUGUCUCUCUCUAUAUACGUAUGUAUAUAUAUCUGGAAACCCUGGUGGCAUAGUGGUUAAGAACUAUGGCUGCUAACCAGAAGGUCGGCAUUUCGAAUCCAUCAGGCACUCCUUGGAAACUUUAUGGGGUGGUUCUACUCUGCCCUAUAGGGUCACUGUGUGUCGGAGUCAACCUGACAGCAAUGAGGUUUUCUCGACUCAUAGCAACCCUAUAGGACAGAGUAGAACUGCCCCAUACAGUUUCCAAAGAGCACCUUGUGGAUCCAAGCUGCCAAGCUUUUCAUAGCAGCUAUAGCUCUUAACCACAGCAUCACCAGGCUCAUUCAUAUAUAUAUAUAUAUACACAUACACACACAUAAAUGUACAUAUAUAUAUAUGUAUGUAUAUAUACACAGAGUUCUAGGGAACCCUGACUAAGACAGUUGCCAAGGAGACAACAGUUGCUUGGUCUGCCCUUAGAUUCCACACUAUCAGAUAUGGUACCCAAAACUGCAGGAGAGGAGGAGUUAGACCAGAAACCUUGGAAAACUUGAUCCAACUGUGCAAGUAUUUGGCCAGACAUAUGGUUACAGUAUAAAACUCUAAAAAGAUGAAAGGCGCUUUAUAAGGAGAGGAAAUCCACAGCAUUUCUUAUUUUAUUUCUUGCUACAAUGACAGCAGGGAAUUGCGAACAUAGAUGAGACUGGCCAACUCCAUCCUCAGGAAGGGAGCGGCCGGGGCUGAGCGCAGUGGAGGGCUGAGGCUCCCCAGGCAAGGCUGGUCACUGGCUUGAGUUCUACCUGCUGAGGAAGGCGCAGGCUUCCAGGAGUGCUGCGGGACACAACAGGGAGGGGAGUCAGAAACCGCCUACUGCUGCUGAAGAGAAACUGUUCUCUUGUUCUUUUCUUUUUUCAGUCAGUAAAAUCAAUAAGAUUUUUAAAUCAAUCAAUAAUUCAGGGAAAAUACUAAAACAGACACCUUUUUCUUUCCUUCUCCCACCCAAUACAAUACGCAAUGCCUGCCACACUCACCUUGGCCUGGUUUCACCCCCACCCAGAACCACUGAUACAGAGAUUUCUGGCCCUACCCCAUUCUUGGACUCUCUCCACAUCCAGUAGCUCAGACUCUGGGUGAGGGACCAGGAACCUGGAUGAUCUCAGUGCACAGGAGAGUCCAAGCACACUGAAAUUUGAGAAUCAUCACCUGGAACCUAACCAGAACAACCAAACCAGUUGCCGUUGAGUGGUCUGGCUCAUGGUCACCCCAUGUGUGGAGAGUAGAGCUGAGUUUCAUAGGAUUUUCAAGACUGUGACCUUGUGGAAGCAGAUUGCCAGGCCUUCCUUCCAAGGUGCCUCUGGGUGGGUUCAAACCACCAAACAUUCAGUUAGUAUUUGUUGUGGAUUGAAUCGCAUCCCCGCCCCCCAAAUAUAUGUUGUAAAUCCUAAACCCUGUACCUGUGGUUAAAAUCCCAUUUGGGAAGGGGUUUCUUUGUUAUGUUAUUGUGGCAGUAUUAGGGUAGGAUAUGUUUUAAACCAGUGUCUUUUGAGAUAUAAAAGAGCAAAUUAAGCAAGCCAGCAGAGAUGGGGGAAGAUGGAUGCCAUAAACCCAAACCAAACCAAACCCACUGCCCUCGAGUCAAUUCCAACUCCUAGCGACCCUAUAAGACAGAGUAGAACUGUCCCAUGGAGUUUCCAAGGAGCACCUGGUGGAUUCCAACUGCCGACAUUUGGUUAGCAGUCCUAGCACUUAACCACUACGACACGAGAGCUUCCCUUUUAAAGCCUAGAGGCCACAUAUUUUAGCCACUGCCAGGCUCAGAUAUGCUAAGCUGAUCUAAUUUAUUAGACUCUACAGCACUGGUUUGUAAUAUUCUUGGAGCAUGGGGGACGGUUCUCUUACUGCCUUGAAAUCCCUAAAGAUACUACUGGAAGGAACACCUGGGUGAAUGGAAUUGUAAAAUGGGGAUUUGGAUAAUCAUUAUAAAUCACUAAGUCAUUAUCAUUGGUGAAAUCCAAAAAACUUUUUUUUUUUUUUGGCUUUAUUUUUCAUUUCAGUAUCGGGAAGAAGGAAACCCUGGUGGCGUAAUGGUUAAGUGCUAUGGCUGCUAACCACAGGGUCGGCAGUUAGAAUCCACCAGGUGCUCCUUGGAAACUCUAUGGGGCAGUUCUACUCUGUCCUAUAGGGUCGCUAGGAGUCGGAAUCGACUCGACAGCACUGGGUUUGGGUUUUUGGGUAUUGGGGAAGAAACACUGCAAUGCUGCUUUCUCAUUGCCAUUUCUAAGGCCAAAAUGAAAGAGAAAAGUGAAACCAUGGAAAGUAACGAUGACCUCCCUGGGAGGAAAGGGUGGUGGCUAUGGGAAGAGAAUGCUCCCCAUACAGUUAAAUUAUGGAAAGGAGUUAAGAUGCCCAUACUCUACCCACGUCAUUUUCAGGACGAGAUGCUGAGAUUGACUGUGGCUCAAGAUCAAAGAGAGGCAGAGCUAAGGUCAGAUAGCCCAUGCCACCUCCACUUGGUGGUGGUGGGCCUGGUGGAGAGAACCUCACUGGUGCCAACUGUUAGCUCUGCCCACCCCUCGUUCUGUCAUGACGGGUCAUGUCUGCCCCUUAGAAAUGCAGAGCCAAGAUGGAGGAGGACAAGGUUUCCCCAGGUAAAGAUGGAUUACAACAUGUACCUGAAAGCUCCGAUGUAGCCAUAGUAUCGCUCCUUGCUGUUGGGCACACACUUGUUCUGGCCUGAAUCGUCACCAAUGCACAGAGCACACAGACGGGAUCCCGGGUCAGCCCCAGGGGCACAGCUUUGGCUAAAGAAUUCAUCUGUACAAAAGGAACAUAAGUCAGCUCGUCUACCCGAGUCACCAUGAGCGGCCUUUACCUAACAGGUGAUGUGGGUGAGGGCUUGCAGUGUGUGGCAGGGAGAGAAGGCCCCCGGAAGCAGUUUGAGCCAGAACCCCUGAAGUCUUAUUAGGAUUCCUUUACAGUGGGAAGUAAAAGAUCUGUUCUGAUUAGAAACAGAGGCUACCCUUCAGAGGCAGGCAGGUGCCUUUUCCAAUGUUUGGAAGCCAGGGCCUAUGAAGAAUUUAGACCUGAAGCUCCAGGAAGUUGGGGGAAAAAAAAAUUUUUUUUUUCUUCUUUUAAAACUGCAUCCAAUCUUAAGGUGCAGAGAUUCAAGCCCCCAAAACAAAUCCGUUACCGUCAAGUUGAUUCUGACUCAUAGUGACCCUAUGUUACAAAAUAAAAUUGCUCCAUAGGAUUUUCUUGGCUGCAAUCUUUAUGGACACAGAUUGCCAGGCCUUUCUUCUGCAGUGCCACUGGGUGGGUUCAAACCACAAACCUUUAGGUUAGUAGAAGAGCACGAACUAUUUGCAUCACCCAGGGACUUUUUAGGGUGCAGAGAAACGGGCUGAUAUUCCAGGUUUUAAACUUGGGUGGGUAGGUGGGGCAUGGGAAGUAGUGUGCACCCUUGACUCUGGGAGAACUUGCCUUCAAGCAACAAUUAACCUUCAAAUUCCCCACCUGGAAACUCCUUUCCCUGAGGCUCCAUGAUUAAAAAUCCACCCUCCAUGUUCAGAGGUCCACAGCACGAUGUCCCUGUCCCCCAGGAUGGCCAACGCACGACUCCCUCUGGAACUCCUUACCAAAUUUACAGGAGCCUGUCUGGGUGAAAAGCAGGGCUCUGGGGACGUUCCAGCCUACAGUCCUGGAACGGCAGUGUGACAGGACUUCUCGACCUUCACUGAGUUCCAGGUGAUGUGGGCAUCUGCCUUACUAAGGACUGCCACGGCAAGAUACCCUUGUACAACAGAUGACAAAAGAGCAAGUCUUAGUGGGCUCAAGGACAGCUGUCUGCAACCCAGCCCAGAAGGGGUCAAGAAGCAUCCCCAGGAGCUGAUUCCCUCAGAUAACUGGUCAUCCCGAGGUGGCCCCAACAAGCUUAAGCUGUUGCCCCAUGUGGAGGUAAGAUUGAGCUGAGCUAUGAAAUAAAGUAAUGAAGACAAACUGAUUCUCUGAGUGCUGGGGACUCUCCUUGACCAGAUACACAAUGUCCCUGACCUGUAAACCAGCAAUUCACCUUCAGGUGUGGGCUACUGAACAACUAACACUGAACAAAGCGAGUGCCUUCAAUCGUGCAUAAACCCCAACUGCAUGUACGCAGGCAAGGGCAGUAACAGCCACCAAACUAGCUGCUGUGCAGAUGCGGGAGCGGGGGCGCUCUCCAGGGACCUUCCCUAUGCUGAUUCGAGUCACCUUGAACUGUGGGAGGGUUAUCCUUGUCCUGAUAAGGUGCACCUGACAGGCUUUCCCCAGAGCUAGUGCGGAGCCUCCCCCAGAGCUGAGCAAGCACUACUUCUGCCAGGCAGGUUGGGGGUGGCACAUAGAGUGCUGGAUUUGACACAGGAGACCCUGGCUCAAGACCAGGAUCUGCCACAGUAUUAACUACAGCUAAUUCUAUAGACUUCAGGAAACUCUCUGAGCCACUCUUUGUCCCUCUGUAUAAUAAUAUGAGGGUGAGAACACUUCUCUUUCCAUGUGGCCAGACCCAAGAGGAAAUACGUGCCAAGUGUGAAGGUUGAUAUAGAUGUUAACUAUAAUUAUUCUCCUGUGAAUGGUCUGCAUCUUCAAAAGUGCUUAUGGCUUCUGAGGCUGUGUCUCUUUCUGUGGGUUUUUUAACCACCCCCCCCCCCCACCUCCAGCUACAAGGACUUGCCCUUGGCCCCAAAAGUGGCUAAUUCCAACUCACUUUCUGAUCAUCUAUUCACGCAAUCAGAGCCAUCACCAACUUGGGAUCCUGAAUGAACAAACAUGAGCAAAAUGUUACUAAACACUCUAAUUUAUUGAGAAUCAUUUAAUCUCAAUAAUGCAGAAUCAAAUCUAAGGAGACUAAGCCCCAGCAGUUGCAUCUAACAGAAAUGAGUAUAUGUGUUCCCCAAAAGGCAUGCACAGGGCUGUUCAGAGCAGCACUGUUCAUAAUCACCAUCAUUAUGGAUGAAAUUGUGUCUCUCAAAAUAUGUGUUGUAAGCACUAACCCCCAUACCUGGAUUAUAAUCCUAACCCCAUAAAUGGGUAUAAUCCCAUUUGGGAAUAGGUUUUCUUUGUUAAGCUAAUGAGGGAGAAUUAAUAUAGGGUGUGUCUUCAAUCAAUCUCUUUUGGGAUAUAAAAGAGCAGAUCAAGCAAGCAGGCAAGGAAGCACAGAGAAAAGAUACCCACCACAUGAUCACCAGCAACCUAGGAAUAGAAGCUGAAAAGAAAUAAGGACCUUCUGCCAGAGCAGACAGAGAAAGCCUCCUCUUAGAGUCAGCACCCUGAAUUUGAACUUCUAGCCUCCUUAAAUUAUAAGAAAAUAAGCUUUCGUUCAUUAUAAGCCACUCACAUGGGGUAUUUCUGGUAACGUAGCACUAAGAAAUUUAGACAGCCACAGACUGGAAAUUGCCCUAAUGCCCAUCGACAGCAGAAGGGAUAAAUAAUUGUGAUGGAGUCACAUGACAGAAUACUCUACAACGGGAUUGGAUGUUCCACAACCACAGGCUCACAUCGAUGAAUCUCACAGACAUAACACUGAGCAGGAGAAACCAGACACAAAAAAAGUACAUAAGUACAUGCUGUGGGACUCCUUUAAAGUAAAGUUCACAAACAGGCAAAGCUGAUCUGUGCUGUUACAAGUCAGUACGGUGGUUACCCUUAGGAGGAUGGAGGUGGUGACAAGAGGGCCAGAGAGGACUUCUGAAACAUGAUCUGUCUUAAUGUGGGUGCUAAUCACAUGAGGGAAUACAGUUUGUGAAAUGUCACAAGUCGUACACAUAGUGCACUCUUCUGUAUGCAUUUUAUUUCGCUAAAACUUUUUCUGAAGAAGAUGACACAAAUCUGUGCUUUGUCAGUUCUCAAUGCAAUAGGCAGAUGGGUAACACAAACAUUUCGUUAAUUCUUUUCCUGAUUCUCAUUUGAAGGUAUCCAUCCACCUUAACAAAUUCCCUGUCCCCACCACCACAGUCCAACCAAACCAAAUCAAAUCCAUUGCCAUUGAGUUGAUUGUGACUAGGUAGUAAAACCAGAGAGGCCACUCCCUCCACUUGCUGGAGUUCUCUGCCAGAAGAGGCACCAAACUGCACUUGCCCGCCAUGUAGAUGAGUCCUACCUUCCCUUAGCACUCUUUUGGUUUGGUUGUUUGUUUUCGGCUCCUAUUUUUCUCUCCUCUCUCUCUUCUUUCCCAUACUCAUCUUAGCUCCACACCUCACAACUUCCUACCUCCUCCCUGCCUUCCUGCACUGUUUGCUGAACAUCACACCCCUGAGCAGCACAGGCACGGCCUACUGGAAUCUGCCCUGCACUGAAUCCCAGCCCACCCUGACAUCCCAAGUAUGUACCAAAAACAGCCCAUUCUAGCCCCUCCCCUUCAGCUAGACCCGACAUGCUACAUCAUAGCUGAACGAAUAUCCCUGCCCAUUGGACGAGGAAGUGAAAAGUAUGCCCACAGAUGAGCAAACAAGCAAAGAACUCAUAACCCGCCUGCUCUGACACAACCAAAUAAAACAAAAAAGCAGGAUGAAACAAACAAAUCUACAAUCAAUAACUGAAGAAAAUAACUACUGCAUGUCCCAAAGACAGCAGACAAUAUCAAAACAUAUUUUAAAAAAAACAGGAUGGGAUGGUUCCAGUAGGCAUCCAAAAUAAAAUGCCAGAUGACUGUCCAGUAGAGGAAAAGAUACUAGAACUACCUGAUAGGGAAUUCAAAUCUCUAAUAUUCAGAGCCAUCCAAGAGUUGAAGAAAAAUGCAGACGAAAAUGACCAAAAAAUGGACAAAUUCAUAGAAAAGCAGGCAAAUCUGUGGAAAAUACAGAUUUUAAAAAUAGAAGAAUUCAGGAAAAUAAUAUAGGAACAAAAUGCCAAAAUAUAUUCACAACUAGAAAUCAUACAAAAACAACAUCUAGAAAUCCAAAGGAUAAACAACAAGAUUUCAGAAAUGAACAGUGUCAUGGAAGGUUUGAGGAGCAGGUUUGAAAAGAUGGAAGACGGGAUCAGCAAAAUUAAAGACAAACACUUGAAUACAACUUUGAGGAAAAAUCAGAAAAAAAGAAUGAAGAAAAAUGAGGAAACCCUGAGAAUUAUGUGGGAUACAAUCAAAAGGAAAAAUUUGUGAGUAAUCAAAGUUCCAGAACAGGGAGGGAAAAUGGAAAACACAGAAAGGAUCAUUGAAGAAUUGCUGACAGAAAAGUUCCUUAAUAUCAUGAAAGAUGAAGAGCUGACCACCCCUGAAACUCAAUGAACCCUAUAUAAGAUAGAAUCCAAAAGAAAAUCGUAAUAUCGUAAUCACACUUGCUAAUACCAAACGCAAAGAAAGAAUCCUGACAGCAGCUCGAGUACAACGAAAAGUCACAUACAGAGGAGAAACAAUAAGACUAAAAGACUAAGCUCUGAUUAAUUUGGCAGAAACCAUGCGGGCAAGAAGGCAAUAGGAUGACAUACAUAAAACCCCGAAAGAAAAAAAUUGCCACCCAAGAAAAAUAUAUCCUGAAAAACUCUGAAUUAAAUAUGAUGGUGAAAUUAGGACAUGCCCAGAUAAACAGAAAUUAAGGAAACCUGUAAAAACCAAACCAAACUUACAAGAAUUAUUAAAGCGAGUCCUUCAGUUUGAGAACAAACAUCAGACUACAACCUGGCUCUAGGACUGAAUAUUCUAUCAGCCAGAUACCAACCGUCAUGGAUUGAAUUGUGUCCCCCAAAAUAUCUGUCAACUUGGUUAGGUCAUGAUUCCCAGUAUUGCUUGAUUGUCUGCCAUUUUGACAUCUGAUGUGAUUUCCCUAUGUGUUGUAAAUCCUACCACUUCGUGUAAUAAGAUGGACCAGCGGCAGUUAUAUUGAUGAGAUCCACAAGAUUAGAUAGCACCUGAAGCCAAUCUCUCUUUAGAUAUAAAAGGUAGAAGUGAGCAGAGAGACAUGAGGAACUCAUACCACCAAGAAAGCAGUGCCAGAAGCAGAAUGCAUCCUUUGGACCGGAGGUUCCUGUGCUGAAAUGCUACCAGGCCAAGUGAAGACUGAUGCAUCACAAGGACCUUCCUCCAGAACCAACGGAGAGAGAAAGCCUUCCCCUGGAGCUGGCUUCCUAGCCAGACUUCUAGCCUACUGGACUAUGAGAGAAUAAACUUGUCUUUUUUAAAGCCAUCCACUUGUGGUGUUUUUGUUAUAGCAGCACUAGAUAACUAAGACACCAACCUAGGAAAUGAACUCUAAAGGACUAUCCAAAACUGAAAGGAUUACAACGGGUCACCAGAGAGGUUAAUCUGUAAAUGACAACAACAUCAGAGCAAUAAAAGAGGGACUUAACAGUGUAGGUAUAGAACUUUCUAAAGGAGAGGAAGGCAAGCCUAUACCAUGUAAUAAUAGACUGGCUCAAACCUAGGAAGAUAAGGGUAAAUUUCAAGGUAACGAGAAAGAGAGUUAACAAACCUAUUCAUUAAAAAAAAAAAAAAUCAAAAUACAGAAGAAAAACAUAAAGUCUUGGUAAAAACAAAAUCUACAAAAACAAAAGAAAUGAAAAAAAAAUCCAAAAACAAAAGGAAUUCCACACAGGAGAGUAAGAGAAACAAAAAAAAGUCAGGACCACACACAAACAAACAAAAAAAAACCUACAAAAUGACAGAAAGAAACUUAAACCUAUCAAUAAUUACACUGAAUGUAAACGGUCUAAACGCACCCAGAAAGAGACAAAGAGUAACAGAACAGUUAAGAAAAAAAAAUUUUUUAAAGAAUCCAUCAAUAUGCUGCCUAUAAGAGAUACACCUUAGAAAAAAAAGAUGUAAAUUUAUUAAAAAUCAAAGGAUGGAAAAAAUACAUCAAGCAAACAACUACCAAAAAAGAGCAAGAGUGGCAAUACUAAUCUCAGAUAAAACAGACUUUAAAACAAAAUCCACUAUAAAAGACAAAGGAGGGCAAUAUAUAAUGACUAAAGGGAUGACCCAUCAUGAAGACAUAAUCAUAAUAAACAUCUACGCACCCAAUGGCAGGGCUCCAAAAUACAGAAAACAAACUCUAAAAGCACUAAAAUGAGAAAUUGAAAGUUCCACAAUAAUAGUAGGAGACUUCAACACACCACUCUUGGUAAAGGAUAGAACAUCUAGAAAGAAACUCAACAAAGAUAUGGAAGCGUAAAAGGGCACAAUCAGCCAAAAUGAGCUCAUAGACGUAUAUAGAACACUCUACCCAACAGGUGCAAACUACACAUUCUUUUCCAACACACACGGAACAUUCUCCAGAACAGACCACAUCUUAGGCCACAGAGCAACCCUCAACAAAAUCCAAACCAUUGAGAUAAUACACAGUGCCAUCAAUUUAGAAACUGACAACAGGAAGAGCAAUGAAAAAAAAUCUACUACAUGGAAACUUUAUAACACCCAGCUUAAAAACCACUGGGUAAUAGAAAAUUUCAGAGGUGGAAUCAAAAAAUUCCCAGAAUCAAACGAGAAUGAAAACACGUCAUACCAAAACCUUUGGGACACAGCAAAGGCAGUCCUCAGAGGUCAAUUUAUAGCAAUAGAUGCACACAUCAAAAAAGAAGAAAGGGAAAAAAUCAAAAUAUUAGCCAUACAACCCAAACAAAUAGAGGAGAGCAAAAAAAAAAAAGCCCACAGCCACCAGAAGAAAGGAAAUAAUAAAAAAAAGAUCAGAGAAAAAAAUGAAUGAAAUAGAGAAUAGAAAAACAAUAGAAAGAAUCAACAAAACCAAAAGUGGGUUCUUUGAAAGGAUCAACAAAAUUGACAAACCACUGGCCAAAGUGACAAAGAAAACUAGGAGAGGAUGCAAAUAGCCCAAACAAGAAAUGAAAUGGGAGGACAUUACAACAGACCUUACUGAAAUAAAAAGAAUCGUAAGAGUGUUAUGAAAAACUAUACUCGACAAAUUUGAAAACCUAGAGGAAAUGGACAAAUUUCUAGAAACACACUACCUACCCAAACUAACACAAAAUGAUGUUGAAAAUCUGAACAGACCCGUAACAAGAGAAGAGAUUGAAAAGGUAAUUUUAAAAAACUCCCAACAAAAAAAAGCCCUGGUCCAGAUGGCUUCACUAGAGAAUUCAACCAAAUAUUCCGAGAAGAGCUUAUACCAGUACUAACUAUUUCAGAACACAGAAAAGGAAACGAUACUUCCAAAUUCAUUCUAUGAAGCCAGCAUAACCCUGAUACCAAAACCAGGCAAAGACACCACAAAAAAAGAAAAUCAUAGACAAAUAUCUCUCAUGAAUAUAGAUGCAAAAAUCCCCAACAAAAUUCUGCCCAAUAGAAUUCAGCAUCAUAUCAAAAAAAUAGUACACCUUUACCAAGUAGGAUUCAUACCACGUAUGCAAGGAUGGCUUAGCAUUAGAAAAUCAGUUGACAUAAUCCACCACAUAAAUAAAAGGAAAGAAAAGAAUCACAUGGUCAUCUUGAUAGAUGCAGAGAAGGCAUUCGACAAAGUCCAACACCCAUUCCUGAUAAAAUCUCUCAAUAAAAUAGGUAUAGAAGAGAAAUUUCUCAACCAUAAUAAAGAGUAUCUAAGCAAAACCAACAACCAACAUCAUUUUGAAUGGAGAAAGGCUGAAAACAUCCCCCCUGAGAACAGGAACAAGACAAGGAUGCCCUUUAUUACCACUCCUAUUUAACAUUGUGCUGGAAGUCUUAGCUAGAGCAACAAGGCAACAAAAAGAAAUAAAGGGCAUGCAAAUUGGUAACGAAGAAGUUAAACCGUCCCUAUUUGCAGAUGAUAUGAUACUAUACGUAGAAAACGCAAAAGCUCCACAAGAAAACUACUGGAACUAAUAGAAAGAUUCAGCAGGCUAGCAGGAUACAAGAUAAACAUAUGAAAAUCAUAUGCACCAAUAGAGAGAAAGGUGAAACGGAAAUUGGGAAAACAAUACCAUUUAUAAUAACCUCUAAAAAAACUAAAUACUUGGGAAUAAAUCUAACCAGGGAUGUAAAAGACCUAUACAAAGAAAACUACAAAAUACUUCUGCAAGAAACCAAAAGAGAUCUACAUAAAUGGAAAAACAUACCAUGCCCAUGGAUAGGUAGACUCAACAUUGUGAAAAUGACAAUUCUACCCAAACAAUUUACAAAUAUAAUGCAAUACCGAUCCAAAUACCAACAAUAUUCUUUAAAGAAAUAGAAAAACUAAUCAUUAACUUUACAUGGAAAGGGAAGAAGCCCCGAAUAAGUACAGCACUACUGAAGAGGAAGAAUAAAGUAGGAGGGCUCGCACUACCUGACCUCGGAACCUACUCUACAGCUACAGUAGUCAAAACAGCCUGGUACUGGCACGACGACAGAUACAUGGACCGAUAGAACAGAACUGAGAACCCAGAUAUAAAUCCACCCAUCUACAGUAACCUGAUCAAAGACCCAAAGUCCAUCAAAUGAGGAAAAGACAGUCUUUUUAAAAAGUGGUGCUGGAAAAACUGGAUGUUCAUCUGCGAAAAAAUGAAACAGGACCCAUACCUCACAGCUUACACAAACACAAAUUCAAGAUGGAUCAAGACCUAAAUGUGAAGCCAAAAAAUAUAAACUUCAUUAAAAAAAAAAAAAAAAUAGGACCAACACUAGACGCCCUAAUACAUGGCAUUAACAGGAUACAAACCACAACCAACAACAUAUAAACUCCAGAAGACAAGCUAGAUAACUGGGAUCAUCUAAAAAUUAAACACUUAGUGCUCACCAAAAGAGCAAAAAGAGAACCUAUAGAUUGGGAAAACAGUUUUGGCUGUUAGAAAUCUGACAAAGGUCUAAUCUCUGAAAUCUACAGGAAAAUCCCAAAGCUCCACAACAAAAAGACAAACAACCCAAUUAAAAAAUGGGCACAGGAAAUGAACAGUCACUUCACCAAAGAAAACAUCCAAGCAGCCAACAGACACAUGAGGAAAGGCUUGCAACCACUAGCCAUUACAGAAAUGCAAAUUAAAACCACAAUGAGAUACCGUCUCGUCCCAGCGUUACUACCACAAAUUUUAAAAAAGGGAAAUAGCAAAUGUUAGAGGGGCUGUGAGGAGACUGGAACUCUUACCCACUGCUGGGGGGAAUGCAAAAUGACACAACCAUUUCGGAAAAUGAUACGGUGCUUCCUUAAAAAGUUAGAAAUAUCACAUGAUCCAGCAGUCCCACUCCUAGGAAUAUAUCCCAGAGAAAUAAGAGUCAUCAUAUGAAUAGACAUAUGCACACCCAUGUUCAUUGCAGCAUUGCUCACAACAGCAAAAGUUGGAAACAACAUAGAUGCCCAUCAACAGAUGAAUGGAUAAACAAACCAUGGUACAUACACACAAUGGAGUAUAUACUCAAUGACAGAGAACAAUGAAAAUCUGUGAAGCAUCUCAUAACCCGGAUGAAUCUGGAGGGCAUUACGCUAAGUGAAAUAAGUCAAUCACAAGAAGACAAGCAUUGUAAAAACUCAUGAAAAAGUUUACAUACAAAAAGAGACAAUCUUUCAUAGUCAUGAAGGAGGGUAGUAGGGGUAGAGAUGGAAAAACACUAAAGAGACAAUAGAUAAGUGGUCACUUUGGUGAAGGGUAAGACAGUACACAAUACUGGGGAAGCCAGCACAACUUGUCCAAGACCAGGUCAGGGAAGCUCCAUAGACAUAUCCAAACUCCCUGAGGGACCAAAUUGCUCGGCUGAGGGCUGUGGGGACCAUGGUAUUGGGAAACAUCUAGCUCAACUGGCAUAACACAGUUUAUAAAGAAAAUGUUCUACAUUCUACUUUCUUGAGUAGCAUCUGGCAUCUUAAAAGCCUGUGAGCAUCCGCCUAAGAUACUCCACUGUCCCACCCCUUCAGGAAAAAAAAAAAAAAAGCAAGGGAAAAUGAAGAAAACUAAAGAUACAAGGGAAAGAUUAGUCCAAAGGACUAAUGGACCACAUCUACCACGGACUCCACCAGACUAAGUCCAGUACAAACAGAUUGUGUCCGGCUACCACCACUGACUGCUCUGACAGGGCUCACAGUAGAGGGUCCCAGAUGCAGCGGGAGAAAAAUGUAGAACAAAAUUCUAACUCACAAAAAAAGACCAGACUUACUGCCCUGACAGAGACUGGAGAAACCCUGAGAGUAUGGCCCCCGGACACCCUUUUAGCUCAGUAAUGAAGUCGCUCCCGAGGUUCACCUUUCAGCCAAAGAUUAGACAGGCCCAUAAAACAAAAGGAGACUAAAGGGCCACACCAGCCCAGAGGCAAGGAAUAGAAGGCAGGAGGGGACGAGAAAGCUGAAAAUAAGGAACCCAAGGUCGAGAAGAGAGAGUGUUGACAGGUCCUAGGGUUGUUAAGCAAUGUCAUAAAACAAUAUGUGCACAACUGUUUAGUGAGAAACUAGUUUGUUCUGUAAACUUUCACCUGAAGUACAAGGAGAAAAAAAAAAAAAAAAGAA